AAUCAAUCUAAAUUAGUUACACCUUAAUUGGAUUUAAUUCGUAACUUUCGAUACAAUGUUAAUGAUUCGAGAGGUCACAACAACACUACCACCAGCAACUACAUUUUAUGACCAACUCAUGCAUGUACUCUGGUUAUUAAAUCGAAAAAAUGAAACUAAAGUUAGUAGACUCGUAACUAUAACGUGACACGCUAUGACGAAACCACAUAGAUCUCUAAAUAGAUAAUGCAACGGUUGAAGUAAUUCUCUAUGUUUAAAUUAUAAAAACGCAAUAGUAAUUAACGGAGCAAAACAAACAAUUAAUAAUGUCAAACUAACGACUACUGCCGCCAUCAUUUAUUUAAAACAUUAACAUAAUGAAAAACAAAAAGCUAUUGUUGAUCCAACAUUGUAAAAAACGAGCCAAAGUAAUUUCAAUUUAAUCAAACAAAAACCCGCUUAUCAUUUACGAUACCAAAGCUCUCGAUACAAAUCUAAUUUAAAAUAAAUUACAGAGUAGCAAAGUUAAGUUCGGUAAGUAACGAUAAAGCUAAGACUGACAAUAAUUACGAACGUGAGACAGGACGACAAAUAACUGGAAAAUGUAUAAUUUUGCCAUCGAAAGCUAGCGAUGGAGGCGGUGCAAGGUCGAUCUAUCAAAUGAUAGACGCAAUCAAACGAUUAGACCGCAAACAUUUGCUUUGGAAAAUUAGGUUACAAGCACCAAUUUGAUGUCCACUGAAGCGGUUUCAUUGUGGUCGCACGUGCCGCAGCGGUACAUUGCUAACAGCAACAGGAGACUCUGCAGACAAUGCUGGUCUACCCGAGCAGGGAAUUCGGAAUGCGUCCUCGGAAAUCACCAAAGGACAUAAUAUUUAGAAAGCAGAACUAUUGGGCUCAAGGUAAAGAACCAACGCCUUGGUAUGUGUGGGAUUCAAAAUUACCGGCCAACAGGAGCAAGAGCGAAGAAAGGCCACCUCUAAGAACUGCACAAAGAUUGGAGGAUGAGCCCAGCAGUUUUAGCAACGACCUUAGAGAUUAUCUCAUGACAUCCACGCUCCACGGACUCCGAUACAUUGGGGAACGAAAACUGACUUGGUUUGAAAGAUUCUUCUGGCUAACAGCAUUUGGCUGUUCUUUAGUAAGUGCAGGAUUUUUCAUAUUAAACAUAUACGCGAAGUGGCGCUCGUCUCCGAUGAUAGUCAGCAUCAACCCGGAGAACAUGCCUCUCAGCAACCUGCCGUUCCCCGCCCUCACAGUCUGUAACGUCAACCAGGCGAAGAAGACCGUCGCUGAAAGAUAUUGGGCGUAUGGGAAUCCUGUCGACAAGAAGCUGCUUCAGAGUUUGUGCACCACGAAGGACGAUUCUGAAAUAUUCGAGGAUGGAAUAGCGGGCAGGGCUGACUGGGACCAUACCAGAUCGUUUCUAAUAAAUGUGACUCAACCGUGCAGUGAAAUGCUGGCGCAGUGUAUCUGGGACUCCUCUGUUAUGAACUGCGAGGACUUGUUCAACGCUCAACUGACGGACGAGGGACUCUGCUGCACCUUCAACGUGGUACACCGAAAUAAAAUGUUUAGGAACCCUCGUUCUCUGAAUGAUCUGAACAUAACAUUUCCAUCACCAGCCGUAGACUGGACACCCGAGGACGGAUACCCGGCUGAUGCUCCACCUGAUGGCUUUCCUUGGAGACCCAAAGGAAUUGGCACCCACCAUGGUCUCUCCCUGGUAUUGGACGCUAAUCUCGCGGAAUAUUAUUGCGCUUCUACGAAAAGUGCUGGCUUCAAGAUUCUUCUCCAUAAUCCUACCGAAACACCUAAAAUAAGAAAUCUAGGAGGUAUAUACGGUCCGGGUAGAGAGGCGAGAAUUGCGAUUUGGCCAAGGAUAUCAGAUGCACAACCCUCUCUUAGAUCUAUCGAUAUUAAAAAAAGGCUUUGUUUGUUCUCAAAUGAAAAGGAAUUGGUAUUUUUCAGAACUUACACUUUGAAGAACUGUGAAAUGGAGUGUGAAGCGCAAGCUAUGUUGGACGUAUGCAAAUGUGUCUACUAUUAUAUGCCCAAAAACAAAUCCACUCGUAUUUGUGGCAAGGCAGAUGCGAAAUGUUAUACAAACAUGAGCCUCAUCAUGCCUGAAGGACGCGACAUCACAUGCAUGGAGUGUCUGCCAGCAUGCACGGAGAUCGCCUACAUGGAGAAACUGAGUGACGCGCCGCUGAAAGAGAUGCUCGUGGCACAGCUUGCCAAGACCCUCGGCAACAGGACUCCUGAAUACUUCACGGAAAACAUGCUGGUUGUGCACUUUUAUUUUGAAGAGAACACAUUCAUGAGAUUCACUAAAGGAGAAAUAUUUGGACUCACUGAAUUCUUAUCCAACACGGGCGGCUUGCUGGGGCUGUGCAUGGGGUUCAGCAUGAUGAGCGCAGUGGAGCUGCUGUACUACCUCACGCUGCGCGCGCUCUGCAUGAUGCGCCGCCGCCCGCACACACAGCCAUUCGUUAAAUAAACUUUGAAUAACAA